AUGACGCUGUUCCGACUCAAGAGGGAUUUUGGCAUUACUACAGCGGUCAUAAUUGCCAUUUCUGCUGCUGCCACUGCAGCCACUGUUGCAGGUAUAGCUAUGACCACCACUGUCCAGACAGCUGCCACUCUAAAUAAUCUGUCUACAAAGGUGGCUCAGGCUCUGGAUUCCCAAACUGCUCUGGACUCACAUAUAAAAGGAGGAUUGAUGGUUGUCAAUCAAAGAAUCGAUCUUGUCCAAGAACAACUGGAUAUGCUUUGGCAACUGGCUCAGUUGGGCUGUGAAUGGAAGUUUAAUGCGCUGUGCAUUACUAGUGUGCCAUAUGAAAACUAUACUAGAGCUGCCAAUUUGUCUUGCUCCUUGUCUUUACAUCUUGCAGGGAAUUGGUCUGAGGAGUUUGAUGUUCUGGGAGGUCUCCGGCGCGCUGUGGUUGCUAUCAACUCCACGCGAGUGGACCUCAGUCUGGCAGAGGGAAUGACAUCCUGGAUCACCUCUGCUGUUUCCCUGUUUAAGGAGUGGGUGGGGACUCUUGUUCCUUUGUCCUCCUUGGAUGAUUUUUUGUGCACGUUAAAAGCACUAAAUUCUUUGCAUAGUGAUGGAAAUAUGGUGAUUGCUGCACUUGUUCCUCUUUUCCAUUAUUAUCUCAGGAAAACAGAUGAUCUUAGAGGUGAAGAUAUGCGUGAUCUCUGGUUCAAGUGGAGGAGCUAUCAAUUUUCUUUGGCCUUCAUAUUUGCCAUUGAGGAGAUCAACAGGAACACUCAUCUCUUACCCAACACAUCUCUAGGAUUUGAUCUCUAUCAUGUCCCAAGCAAUCAAUGGCAUAUUCUCCGGGAAGCUUUUACUUGCCUCACAGGAGCUAGAAUAAUCAUUCCGAAUUACACAUGUAGAGGACAGAAGAAGGCCGCUGCUUUACUUACAGGAACAUCAUGGGCAACCUCUGCACAUAUUGGGAGACUGCUCAAUCUCUACAAAUAUCCACAGAUUAAUUUUGGGCCAUUUGACACUAUGCUAAGUGACAGAGCCCAGUUCACUUCUCUCUACCAGACAGCACCCAAGGACACAUCUCUGUCACAAGGCAUUGUCAUUUUGAUGAUUCAUUUCAGCUGGACCUGGGUGGGACUGGUUCUCAUAGAUGACCACAAUGGGGCUGAGAUUCUCUCAGACCUGAGAAGAGAGAUGGACAGGAACAGAGUGUGCAUAGCUUUUGUAGAAAUGAUUCAGGACAACUUGAUUUCCUCCAACGACUUUUCCAGAACAACUUACCUGAAGAUCCUGAAAUCAUCUGCAAAUGUGGUUUUCAUUUAUGGUGACACCGAAUCUUCACAUGGUAUAAUCAUAAAUACAGGGAUACGUUUAAUGAAUGGGAAAGUUUGGAUCAUGAGGUCACAAUGGGAUUCAACUACUGAUUUUGAGUAUUUCAUAUUUGAUUCAUUCCAUGGGAGUCUCAUUUUUGCACACCACCGUGCUGAGAUUUCUGAUUUUAGGAAGUUUGUCCAGACGUACAACCCUUCCAAAUACCCAGAAGAUGGUUAUCUUGCUGUUUUGUGGAACACAUACUUCAAUUGUCCUUUUUCUGGACCUGAUUGUAAAAUUUUGAGUAGCUGUCUACCCAACGUUUCCUUGGAAAUGUUGCCUAAAAAUGUUUGGGAAAUAGAUAUGACUGAAGAGAGUUACAAUGUAUACAAUUCUGUGUAUGCUGUGGCUCACAGUCUCCAUGAGAUGACACUCAAACAAGUACAAGUUCAGCCCCAUGGAAAUGGGGAGAUAAGUAAAUUCCCUUGGGAGCUUCACCCAUUUCUCAAGAAUAUCCAUUUCAAAAAUGGUGCUGGAAACCUUGUGGUUUUGGAUUCACAAAGGAAAUUAGAUGCAGAAUAUGAUAUUCUCAACUUCUGGAAUUUUCCAGAUGGUCUCAGGCAAAAGAUGAAAGUUGGAACAUUUUCUCCAAAAGCUCCACAGGGCCAAGAACUAUGUUUGUCUGACCAUAUGAUACAGUGGGCUACAGGAUUUACAGAGCUUCCCUGCUCUGUGUGCAGUGAGAGCUGUGUUCCUGGUUUCAGAAAAUCCUCUCAGGAGGGGAAAGUUGCCUGCUGCUAUGAUUGCAUUCGUUGUCCAGAUAAUGAGAUUUCCAAUGAGACAGAUGUGGAUCAUUGUGUAAGGUGUCCAGAAAGUCAUUAUGCAAAUGCACAACAGAACCACUGCCUCCAGAAAGCAGUGACCUUUCUGUCCUAUGAAGACCCUUUGGGGAUGGCACUUACCUGCUUGGCCCUGGUCUUCUCUGCACUAACAGCUGGUGUUCUUUGUGUCUUUGUGAAGUACCACCACACUCCCAUUGUCAAGGCCAAUAACCAGGCUCUCACUUACAUCCUGCUCAUCACUCUGAUCUUCUGUUUUCUCUGUCCAUUGAUAUUCAUUGGCCAUCCCAACACAGCCACCUGCAUCCUGCAACAGAGCACAUUUGCAGUUCUGUUCACUGUGGCUCUCUCCACAAUCUUGGCCAAAACUAUUACUGUGGUUCUGGCUUUCAAGAUCACAUUGCCAGGAAGACUGACAAGGUGGAUAAUGAUAUCAAGGGCUCCUAACUUCAUCAUUCCUACCUGUACCCUCAUCCAGCUUGUGCUCUGUGGAAUUUGGCUGAGCACCUCUCCUCCAUUUAUUGAGUCAGAUGCUUACACUGAACAUGGCCACAUAAUUAUUAUAUGCAACAAGGGCUCCACUCUUGCCUUCCAUUCUGUCCUGGCAUACCUCUGUUCCAUGGCACUUGGGAGCUACACUUUGGCUUACCUGUCCAGGAACCUGCCCGACACAUUCAAUGAAGCCAAGUUCAUCACUUUCAGCAUGCUGGUGUUCUUCAGUGUGUGGCUCACCUUCCUCCCUGUCUACCACAGCACCAAGGGGAAACUCAUGGUGGCCAUGGAAGUCUUCUCUAUCCUGGCUUCCAGUGCAGGUCUGCUAGGCUGCAUCUUUUUCCCCAAGUGUUGUAUUAUUUUGUUAAGACCACAUAGGAAUGUGCUUUCUCAUGUCAGGAACAAAGCAUAUUCUAGAAGAAAAGUCAAUCUUAUAGCUUAG